AUGAUUACUUGUUAUAGAGUUGAAGAGGAAAGAUAUAAAGGAACUGGAAAUAGUAAAAUGCUUGAAGAUACAAGUAUUGGAAAGGAGACGAAGGCGAACGAAUUGAAAGUAUUGAUAGAUUCUGGAUUGAAUCCAUUGAUAGCAAUGAGAAAAUGUUGUUUUGUAAAUAAUUUGGAAUGUGCUACAUACUUAAUUGAUAAUGGAAUAGUUCACAUUAAUGAUAUCUGUGAAGAAUCUCACAAUUUUUCAUGGUUACACUAUUGCACUCAUUACAAUAGUAUUGAAAUUGUUAAAUAUUUAAUAGAGAAUGGAAUUGAUGUAAAUAUUAGAGAAUCUAGGAAUGGAAAUACAGCUCAAGAAUGUUUAACAAGGAAUAUCAUUAGCACAAUACUGAACUUUUGCACCAAUCAAGAUUUUCUAAAACAAUUCAUGCAAGAACAAGGAAUUGUUUUGAAAUAUGGAGAAAAUCUACCAAUUUUGGAAUCCAAAUUUAUUGAGCGAGUGAUUUUGAAUAAGGCAAUUGGUGUGAAAAUCAAACCACUGAUCAGAAUAUAUUACAUGCUAUCAAUAUUGAAAAUGAUUGAGAAUUGUGAUGAUAGUGACAGUGAUGGAAAUGAAUCAACUGUUUCGAAUACUAGUAGUAGCUUUGAUUCAAAUGACGGUGGAGAAACUAAGAAGGGAUUUAUGAAAGUAAUUCUUGAAAUUGUAAUUCUGCUAAUGGCACUAGUGCUGGUAAUUAUUACCUUAAAACCAAAUAAAAUGUAA